UGAAAUGGUAACAAAAUUUACUGAAUUUGAAAAUUGAAAAUACAUAUAUCUGAAAAUUUUCUGGCGAAAAUGAGAAAUUCGAUUACCACAUGAAGGUAGAGACCGAUAAGUAAGCGUGUUCUGGAGCAUACGAAUCAAAAGCUCGAUAUCGUGAACUAUUCUUACAUAACUUAAGAGUUGAGUAGUGAACUCGUUGGUGAUAGAACUGCUAAGUUGUAAUCACUCAUAUAUUGGAAAGACAAAAUGUUUACUGUCGAAAGAAUAGUCGAAUUAGCUGCUUGGAUACGAGAGCCUAUAGAAAAGAAAGGCAUCCACAUCGACGAAUAGGACAUUCGGAUUAAAUCCAAAGACACGUUAAAUAUGGUCGAGUGAAAGCACCAAGGGGCUGAUACGAUGAAAGACAAAGCAACAAAUGGAAUAGGCUGUUGCAUAUAUCACAUCAUCCUUAGACUAACAACAUAAAAACAAACAACAAAUCUUGAUCAUAUAUAUGCACUUAAAUGGAAACUUAGUACACAAUUUUUGUGAAUACCUUUUUUUAAUAAAGGGUACGUUCAAGUUGCAGUUUGUUUUCUAGCGAUGCACAAAAACUAAAUGUUAAACAGCUGAUCUGUUCUUUAAAGAAUACACUCCGCCGGGUUAUUUAAUCGUUUUUAUUAAUUUUUUUGUUUAUGAAUGGAUCUUUUUAGUGAUGCAUCGCCAAUUUGUAAAAGUGUGUAGAAUUCAUUCUGCUGUUAAUAUUUCAAACUUAGUUUCUGUACUCAGGUGCUCAAAAUCUAGUCAAAAGUAUUACUGUACAAAAUUUGAGAAUGAUACCCAAGGACCUAACAGGACCACGAGAAACGCUGAUGAUAAUAGAAAGCAUAGCAACAAUCGUAAACCACCCCUUCCCGCCAUUCAAAAUCCUUUCGCUAACGUGACGAAUAAAACAAAAGAUUCUUACCUAGCAAUGCUCGAAAUAUUCGAGGAGCGUGACGUUCAUCGUCGUAAUCAUGUGGAAUUUAUUUAUGCUGCUCUUCGUAACAUGGCUGAUUUUGGUGUAGAAUACGAUUUAGAAGUAUAUAAAGCUCUAAUUAACGUUAUGCCUAAGGGUAAGUUUAUACCCACUAACGUUUUCCAAGCCGAAUUCAUGCAUUACCCUAAACAACAGCAAUGCAUAAUAGAUUUAUUAGAGCAGAUGGAGGAUUUAGGUGUGAUUCCAGACUAUGAAAUGGAAGCAAUGUUAUUAAAUAUAUUUGGACGUCGUGGGCAUCCGUUACGAAAAUAUUGGCGUAUGAUGUAUUGGAUGCCAAAAUUCAAGAACCUAUCGCCUUGGCCCCUACCGAAUCCAUUACCGGAUGAUACACUAGAUAUAGCUAAGAUGGCUAUAGAUCGUAUGUGUACAGUUGAUCUGCGAUCAAAAGUAUCUGUAUUUGAGACAAAAAAUGUUAAAGAUGCUAUUGACGAUACAUGGAUUGUAAAUGGCAUGAGCGCUGAGCAGUCAAAGCUUUUAAGCGAUCAUCCAUGCGACAAAGCCGUUUACAUCGAAGGUCCUUUCUUGAUUUGGUUGCGAAAUCGUUCAAUUAAUUAUUUUACUUUGAGAGCAGAUCCAGAUCAAAGCUUUCUACACACUCAAAAGGAAGAUCAGGAUGAUGUUUCACAAAUAAACGCACCAUUUUUUGGCACUGCAGUUCCCAGACCAAAACGUGAAGUUGAUAAACUCCGCUCAGUGCAUCAGCAAGAAGAUGGAACAAUAUUUGCUAUUUGUGCAACUGGUACUUCAACCAAAGACUCAUUAUUGUCCUGGAUUCGAUUGUUGGAAUUUAACGGCAACCCGAAGUUGGGAGAAAUACCAGUGUUAUUUAGGUUCUCGUCAACUGUAGCCGCGAAAGCGAUUGAAAUAGAAAGUCAAACUAAACCAGAUACGUUGCAAUCGCAUCCCAGAUCAAAUAAUAAGGAGUAGCUCUUGAAUUCAUUUAAUAUUUAUAAACGAAUGACUUAAAAAUAAUGUACGUUCAAUAAUAUCUUAUUGCCUUUUUUGUGAAAAUACCUAAAUACAUACGUACAUAUUUGUGAA